AUGCCGUACCGACUUGAGGAGUCCACGACUGGUCGGGCAGUCUGCAAAAACACCGAAUGCAAGGCUGCAAAGGUCAAGCUCGUGAAAGGCGAGCUGAGGUUCGGCUCCUGGGUCGAAUAUGCCGCCCUUGAACGUGGAGGCUGGAGCUGGCGUCAUUGGGGCUGCGUUACACCCAAGCAGAUUGCGAAUUUGAAAAGCGAUAUUGACGAUGAUUUCGAUCUACUGGAUGGCUACGACGAGCUCCCGGCCGAACUUCAAGCCAAGGCUCGAAAGGCUCUCGAGCAAGGGCACGUUGAUGAUGAAGAUUGGCGAGGAGACCUCGAGUGUAAUCGCCCCGGCAAGUCGGGAUUCCGAGUCCGACGCCGCCCUACCUCCAAGGUGGAAGAAGACGAAAACGAGAAAGAUGACAGCGAUAGCGAGAGUCCCACGAAGAAAAAACCCAAGCGGGCUCAAACAAAAGCUGCAGCAGAGGCUGGCAACGAUGACAAGCCCGUGGCCAACAAAGGCAGAAAGCGGGCUGCCAAGUCUGUUGAGGACGAAGAUGCCCCUGCUGAAGAGAAGCCCAAGAAAUCCCGCAAGCGCGUCAAGAAGGAAGAGGCAGAUGCCGAUGCUGAGGUGGAAGCUCAGCCGAAGGCCUCGCGCAAGCGUAUCAAGAAGGAAGAGGACACCGCCGACGCUGACGUGCAAGCUCAGCCCAAGGCCUCUCGCAAGCGUAUCAAGAAGGAAGAGGACACCACCGACGCUGACGUGGAGGCUCAGCCAAAGCCCUCUCGCAAGCGCGUCAAGAAGGAAGAGACCGUCGAAAAGAAGCCGGCUGUUGAAACCGAGGCACCCAAAAAGCGUGGCCGAAAGGCUGCGGUUUCCGCCAGCGCAGAAGAACCUAAAGCCGCGCCCGCGAAACGAUCACGACGAAAGGUCUCUGCUACUGCCGCUGCGGAACCUACCGCUGACGAGAUCGAAGCGCCCAAGAGGAAGCGAGGACGACCCAAGAAGUCAGACCCUCCCGCGGAGGCGGAGGCGGACGCUGACCUUGCCGCUGCUGAUGUUGAGGCGCCAAAGCAGAACAAGCGUGGACGCAAGAAGAAGACGACAUGA